GGCGGAAGUGGUCCUCGCGUGUGUUGGGUUUGUGUAACAUGUUAGGACAUUCACGUAGUGCCGUUCUAAUGCAAUGACCCUCUUGCCUCCAUGGCGGGACAUCUGAAGAAGCAGUUAAAAGAUGCGUUCAAGAUCAUCAGCUCAGGGAGCCUUCUGUUCGCCUCCUACCUGACUGCGGUUGGAGAUGAGCGUUUCUAUGCCAACCAACUGAUGCCCCUGCUGCAGAGGACGGUGGGGGCUGAGACGGCGCACAUGUUGGCAGUGAAGAUUAUAGGUCUGGGUCUGGUUCCUCUGAAUCGCUUCCAGGACCCUGCAUCAUUGGAAGUGAACGUGCUGGGAUUAAAAUUCAAAAACCCUAUCGGAAUUGCGGCGGGCUUUGACAAGCAUGGGGAGGCCGUAGACGGCUUGUACAAAAUGGGUUUUGGCUUUGUUGAAGUGGGGACCAUCACUCCCAAACCUCAGGAGGGAAACCCCAAACCACGUGUGUUUCGACUCACUACGGAUCAUGCCGUUAUUAACAGAUAUGGAUUCAACAGCUGUGGUUUGGCAGAUGCACAGCAGAGGUUGAAGGCCCGGGAAGAAACGCAGCAAGAGCAAAGAAAAGCUGGCCUUCCCCUGGGCAUCAACCUGGGGAAGAACAAGCUGUCCAAGGAUGCAGGGGCAGAUUAUUUGGAGGGGGUGAGAACGCUGGGCCCGCUGGCAGACUACCUGGUGGUCAACGUCAGCAGUCCCAAUACGCCUGGUCUCCGGGAUCUGCAAGGGAAGGCUGAGCUCCACCGGCUCCUGAAUACUGUGUUGAAGGAGCGCGACGCCCUGCAGGGAGAACACAAACCUCCGGUCCUGGUGAAGAUUGCUCCUGACCUCACUGCGCAGGACAAACAAGACAUUGCUGAUGUUGUUGUUGAGCUGGGAGUGGACGGUCUAAUGGUGUCUAACACCACAGUGUCCAGACCAGAGACACUUCAGGACCCACAGAAGACUGAGGUUGGUGGGCUCAGUGGCCAGCCUCUCAAAGACCUCUCUACUAGCACUGUAAGAGAGAUGUACAGCCUCACCAAAGGUAAAAUACUGAUUGUGGGAAUUGGCGGCGUGGCCAGUGGGCAGGAUGCUAUGGAUAAGAUUCGUGCUGGUGCUUCAUUGGUUCAGCUCUACACUGCCUUGACCUAUCAGGGUCCACCUGUCGUGAAGAAGAUCAAACGAGAAUUGGAGCAACUUCUUAAAGAUGGAGGUUUCAGCAGUGUAUCUGAGGCAGUCGGAGCAGAUCACAGAGGAGCAGAUCAGUUGACUCGUAAGAUGAAAGAUGACAUAAGUUAACAGACACUCUGGGAUUGGCUGCAACUGCAGCUGCCGACUCCUCCAACAUGAUCAUCAACUAUGUCCUGAACUGAGAUGAAUGCUGAGUUUUUGUGACAGUCUGUCCAUGCAUCUUGACGUACAGGGUGGAUGGUAUCGGAGGUGAGAAGAACAAACAUGCAAACAAAAAUGCACCAAAUCUCAGUGUUGCCUUUACUUAAAAAUGAGUAAGUUAAUAAUGGUAAAUAUUUGUAAAGAUUGUGCAUCUGCAGUAUUGAGAAGCUAAGGUCGGUUUGUAACUUUAUUUCAGGCUUUCAUCCUUCUGUUACAGUGUAACAACAGUUGGUAUAGUAGGAAGUUCGUACUGAGAACAAAGUACUUGAUUUUUCAGAUACUUGGUCUCAUUUUACUAAUGAAUACAGGUGAUUUUCUUGUGUGCAAAGAAAAUAAGCAUCAUAAUAAUGUUAAAUGGAUAAAAUAACAAUAUAAUAACAUUUUUGAUGUCCUCAGUUUCAGAAAUUGUCUAACUCUGAAGUUGAAAUAUACACUGAAAUGUACUCUUUGCUUGGAACCUAACUUUAUGAAGACAUUAAACACGCGUGCGUGCCUGCGCAAUCAAACAGGAAACUGGAAAAUAUGCUUUAAGGGACAACAAAAAUAAAAACAAGGUUACACCGUG